GUUCUUUUCUUCCCUCAGUCAUUUCGGGUGAAACCGUUCCCUUCCGCGCAGGCUUACAAAAAGCCGGGUGUGGGGAUUCCCACGCUUGGGGCUUCAGAGCAAGAGAUUCAGAGGUGAGACUUCCGUGGCUGGCUAGAGUGGUGUUUGGGGCGAGGUGCGUGGCUGGUUUUUGUCUGGGGCCACGGGGUUCGAGCGUCAGCGGCUAAAAGUAGCUAGCGGGGCUUAAAAUGGAUCUGGGCUAUUGGAAGUUACACCUUAUUUUCCCGUUUACCUGGGCAUAACUGCACCGAGCCUCGCGGCUUGUAUUUCUAGGUAAAUACGCCUGAAGCCGAACGUGGAAGAUAAAGCUAAAUAUAAUCACUCCGAUUACAUUUGUUUGUUUAUUUAUUUUAAGUUGGGCCACAGGGCAGCUUUGGAAAACUCGCAAAAGUGUUUUGAUUGGCUUCCAACGUUUUUGCCAAACGCGACUGACAUAGUAGUGAAGUCUUACGUGCCUCCCCUUCCCCUGAAUUUUUCUGUCAGGUUCCGGAUUCUUCUUUUUAAAAUAAAAAAAAAAACCCAACCCAAACCAACCCAGAAGAGCCUUGAUUUGGGCUCCCGGUGCUUUCGGCUGCCGCGCAGCGCCCCUUUGGCUGGGGGAACCUCGAGAGCAGCAUCGGAAGGCGGAUGGAGGGCAAAAAAAAGCAGCUGGCGACAAGGAAGGGCUGGGUUCCUUUCAUGCCUCUGGUGAGGUGUGCUCCAGGAGUUGUGCCGAGGCCUGCUUGCUCGGCGGCAGAAUGCCUGUUGUUAUGAUAAGCUGGCAGGAAAAGUGGAACAGGCCUGUCAUUUCCCCGGAUUCGCUGGCGGUGAGCUGCCCAGCCAGUUGGACGGGUUGGGCCCAGCCUGGGAGCCCGAGCUUGUCAGGGCCAGUAAAGCGGCAGUCGCCUCCCUUUUUUCCCCCUUCCCUCCCUUCCUCCCCCCCCUCUUUCGCCACCCUCUUCCCCGAUCUUCAGUCCCAAAGGGGGGAAGGCUCCUCUGGGCUCCCAGGAGGCGGAGAGGAGCUCCGGAGCCCCGAUUCCCUGGGGACUGAACGCCUGGGGAGACGGGAUCCCACGCGCCUAGGAGGGAGGGAAGAGCCCUACUCCUCUGCUCGGGGAUCCGGCCAAGGCCCGCAGCGCCUCCGCCUCCUCCUCUUCCUCUGGGCCCUGGAGUCAUGGACCUGACGCAGCAGGACGCUACCGGAGCGGAACUGCCGGGCCCGCCCGAACACAGGCGGCUGAAAGCCGGGGACCCCAAGCCGGAGCCAGAGAGCGGCAGCUCGGGGGUCAAGAACGGGGCCGGGGCCCGGCAGUUGCUAGCCCUGUCUUUUGAGGCGCCUGACUUCACCCAGCCGCCGCCACCGCCGCCGCCACAGCCCGAGGACCGCCACGACGCUACCAGCAACGGGACAGCCCGGCUACCCCAGCUGGGGAGUGUGGGCCAGUCUCCCUACACCAGCGCACCUCCGCUCUCGCAUACACCGAACGCCGACUUCCAGCCCCCUUAUUUCCCACCUCCAUAUCAGCCCAUUUACCCGCAGUCUCAAGACCCGUAUUCUCACGUUAACGAUCCGUAUAGCUUGAACCCUCUUCACGCCCAGCCUCAGCCCCAGCACCCGGGUUGGCCGGGACAGAGACAAAACCAGGACACGGGGCUUUUGCAUACGCACCGCGGACUUCCCCAUCAACUCUCCGGCUUGGAUCCCCGAAGGGAUUACCGGCGGCAUGAAGAUCUCUUGCACGGACCUCACGGCUUGAGCUCAGGACUAGGAGAUAUUCCCAUUCACUCGAUACCUCACUCGCUGGAAGACGUGCCGCACGUAGAGGACCCCGGUAUUAACAUCCCAGAUCAAACUGUAAUUAAGAAAGGCCCCGUGUCCCUCUCCAAGUCUAACGCCAACGCCGUCUCCUCCAUCCCCAUCAACAAGGACGCGCUCUUCGGCGGCGUGGUGAAUCCCAACGAGGUCUUCUGCUCGGUGCCCGGCCGCCUGUCUCUGCUCAGCUCCACCUCCAAAUACAAAGUCACCGUGGCAGAAGUGCAGAGGCGCCUGUCCCCGCCGGAGUGCCUCAACGCGUCUCUGCUGGGCGGAGUGCUACGGAGGGCAAAAUCAAAAAAUGGAGGGAGAUCUUUGAGAGAAAAACUGGACAAAAUAGGAUUAAAUUUGCCAGCCGGGAGACGUAAAGCUGCUAAUGUUACCCUGCUGACAUCACUAGUGGAGGGAGAAGCCGUGCAUCUCGCGAGAGAUUUUGGUUACGUCUGUGAAACAGAAUUUCCUGCCAAAGCAGUAGCUGAAUUUCUCAACCGGCAACAUUCCGAUCCAAACGAGCAAGUCACAAGAAAAAACAUGCUUCUAGCGACGAAACAGAUCUGUAAGGAGUUCACCGACCUGCUGGCUCAGGAUCGAUCUCCACUGGGGAACUCUCGGCCCACCCCCAUUCUGGAGCCGGGCAUCCAGAGCUGCCUGACCCACUUCAACCUCAUCUCUCACGGCUUUGGCAGCCCUGCUGUGUGCGCAGCAGUCACUGCCCUGCAGAACUAUCUCACCGAGGCGCUCAAGGCCAUGGACAAAAUGUACCUCAGCAACAAUCCUAAUAGUCACACAGAUAACAGCACUAAAAGCAGCGACAAAGAAGAGAAGCACAGAAAAUGAGGAUUUUCUUCUUGCAGCCCCAACCAGACGAGCCAGCCUGGCCCUCCCUCCCCUUCCUCCUCACCCUGAGGCUACAGCAAGAGAAGCUCAGAAAUCUGUCCCAGCCUAUUCACUCAGGAGGACCGGCUAAUUCACAUCUCUUUCACUCCCCUACCCACCAUUCUCCUUUUUCUUCUCUCCUCUCCUUCCCUACCUCCAUCACUUCCCAGUUCAUUUCCAGUUGCUACCCAGUUUGGAGCCCAGAAAACAAAGGUGGCGAUUGGGCCAUCCUAAGAGGAAAAGGAAAAAAAAACAUUUUUUUGUCGUCUGUGUGAACUUUUAUUAUUUUUAACAAAAAUAAAUAAACUGAUAAAAAUAAAACAACUUUUUUUUCUAAAAAAAGAGAAAGAACUAAGUUUAAAGGUUAAUAAUUAAUGAAAUGUGGAAAAACAAAAACAAAUGAGCUUCAUCGGACUGGAUCACCACCUUCUCUUAUACAAACUUCCGUUUAAGAUUGUAGCCAUAUUUAAACAAAACAAAACAGGAAAGAAAGGAUAAUGAUGAUGAUGAUGAUGACAUUUUAUCAGUAUUGUGAAUAAACUUGAACACAAACCACAUGCAGUUCCAUGUCAUGUCUUCAGUUUUAGCACCUCUCUCCUGCCAAGGUAAAGCGACUAAUUUGAACUUUCUUAUGGUGACACCGAUUCAUAGUACUUCUAUAAGGGAAUCAGUGUUCUGUAUGUAUAUAUUUAUUUAUGUGUAAUUUAAUGGGAACUGUAAAUAUGGUGAGUCUGUUUGAAGCUUUUUUUAUUAUUUAUCUGGUGAUCUCGUUUACCUCUUGUUUAGUGGGUUUUUAAGUCUUUCCCAUCUUAGUUCCAUCACUGUGGUUCAUAGUUACUUAUUUAGAAAACGGGAGGGGAGUUUUUUAGGGGGAGGUGGGGUGGUAUUUUCUGGGAUUCAUCACUUCAGCCCUGUUGUAGCAUGUUAUAAAAAGGCGACAAUAAAGCAGCUAAGCGAUUGAAGCAACUUGGAUUUUUACAAAUAUAUUAUUAACAUGAUACUUAAUUUCCACAUUGAUAAAGGAAAAUAAAUCAACCGUCCAACCCAGACCAACCACCAUUUCCACUGAAAUAAUUUAGAUUCCCCUUCCAAAAACAUUUUUUCCGCAUGUUGAUAAUUUUUAACAAAUCUUCGUAUGCUGUGGCUUUAAAAAAGUUUAUAUCCAGGGUCUUUCUAUUGAAAGCAUAAUCAGAGCAAUAAGUUGAUAUUGUCUAUUCAGAUAAAGAACUGGGGAUAUUCACUUCCCUCUCCCCUUUUUCAUUUUGAGUUGCCUUUUGGUUCAAAGAACUUCCAUACAUUGGGGACCACCUGGUAUCCUCUAUUUCCACCGGCCAUAUUGGAAGCAGUUACAGUUGUAUUGUAUUGAGUUGUGCUGGCAGUAGUUUCCAUGCCUGUCAAUGUAUCAUAGUCCUUUGUUGCCCAGAUAAAUAAAUAUUUGAUACGCUUUAUGUCGAUUUUUUUUAUUCAGUGGCUGUCUUUACCCAGGCGUAUUUUUGUUCUUGGCAGUAUUUUUUAUUCAGUAUGGUUACAGUAAUUGAGUUUAACUCUCCCUUGACAAUUGCUCUUUGCAAUAAGCAGCUGAACCCAUUGUUUCCCUCAAGUAUAAUAAAAACUUACUUUCAAGUUGGAGUUCAGAGCAGGGUAUCAUUUAGAUAUUCCACCGAGUCUGUAUUCAGACAAAUUACACAAUAAAACAAAAUGUAUUCUUUUGGAUUAAAAAAAAAUAUUGUAUUGUUGAAGAAAUGGCAUUUUAAUUUCCUUUAACUGAAAGGUGAUUUUAUUUUUUAAAAAUAAAGUUUUAUUUUAUUUAUUUGA